GCCAGUCACCCGAACCAUGACAGUACCCCCCCUGUCACCAUGGGCUAGUAUACUGUGGUGAAAGUUUGCGUGACUCAGUCCUGAGUGGAAUGUCCUUGCCCGCCAGCCAUACGUUUCGUCCCCGUGUGUAAACUGGAGCAAUUGAACGGCGUUGAUAGGCAUACUGGUGUUGGCAGUUGACUGACUUGAGUAGUGCUGGCCUAGUCUGAUCCCAAGCUCGUCGACAACGCUGUAGAUGGUGUUGAAUGGAAAGCUACUCAAGUUGCACCUCCUGUUCCGGGAGCAGUGGGGGCUGAUAACCUAUGGAGGAUUUAAAGUGAGACACCAGCGGCAGAGGAUGGAAGUGAGCAGCGUGGUGCGCCGCUGCGUCGACAAGCGGACCUCUCAGGAGUACACGGUGAAGAUCAUCGACAUCACCCCCUCCGACAAGAUGACGCCGCAGGAGAUCGAAGAGACCAGAGAGGCGACGGUGAAGGAGAUCGACAUCCUCAAGAAAGUCUACGGACAGGAAAACAUCAUUCAGCUCAAAGACUGCUAUGAGUCCAAGGCCUUCUUCUUCUUCCUGGUUUUUGACCUGGUGCUGCUCACAUUGUACAAGAUGAUGAUGAAGAUGCACGUUGUCAGGUGGACUUUCCUUUUUGCCCUGUGCUUCACUUGUGUGUCUUCAAAUAAAUCCUGUGAGCAUUUAGGAGGAAUCGUUGAAGAGUACAGACUAGGGGCUCUAGUUGGGUCAUCUUUGCUUCUACCAUGCAACAUUCAAAAAAGCAGCUUCAAAACAGUGACAUGGAACUACAAUGGCUCAGGGCAAUUGCUCAAUCUGUCAUCUGAAGGGCACGUUACAUUCCUGGACCCCAGAAAUGGCCGAGUGAAAGUCUAUCCAAACCAGGGCUCAGAGGGGAACUACUCUAUCAGAAUUGAUGCUCUUGAAAAGGCUGAUGUAGGAUUUUAUCACUGUAUACAGGGGGGGGAAUGUGUUCAAGUGGUGCUGUAUGAAAUAGGUACACAAAAAAUCCCGUGGCUGGUGAUUUACAUCUGCACUGGUGUGACUGCUCUAUUUGUGCUGGGUAUCGGUGGCUACUACAGCUACCAAAAAUGCAAAGAUAUCCAUAACAACAAAAGCAACAGCGAAGUAGAGAAGAGUACGGUCAUUCCCAGUAGUGCAGCUGCUCCGGGUCCCAGUGCCCCACCUGUGACAACAAUCAACAUACCAGUAGGUGUGCAUGUACAUGUACCACAGGCAGUAGGAGCCUACCCUCAUGAUCUUGUUUAUGAAAAUGAUGACCAGUUCCCAACCAGUGCUGACCCCAACAGAAGUAAUCCACACAGAGCUGUGCAGUAUCUGGACAGGACCCAGCCUCAACAGCCCGGUCAAAGCAGCGGUGGAAUUUAUCCAAACUUGGAUCAGUUUCGCUUUGAAAGGGUGGAAAGUCAGAGAACCAAACAUAGAUUUCAUUUAGACCUUUUCAGCAGAUUACGGCCAGCAAGUUUCAGUCAGCAUUAUUAUGUAAACCAACAUGAUCUCCGAAAGCAACACGCCAAGUCAAAGCAGGCGGAGAAUCAAAAGAGAGCAGACCGCGAGAAGAAGAAAAACAAAGACAACUGUGAAUACAAAAACCCGAUUUACAACAUGAGCACCGAACAGCUCAGCCAGCUGUAGAGAAUGAAGGGCACGAAUGAAGGAGUUUAAAACUCAUUUGAGAAUGAGGGCUACGAAUUCUUUUCUAUUUUACUCCUUUAAGGUGAUCCAUGUCUUCUUGUAUUUGUUUGUAUUGUAUGUGUGCUGCAUUCCACUAUUCUCUUAAAUGCUGUUAGAAUAAAGUCCAUCAGUGUUUUCACAUAUAAACUGAUUGCAUGAUGAUGAUACUAAAAAUGGCUUCUAUUGAUAUGUUUACCAUUAUGUACAGAGUCGUGUGACUCUAGACGUGUGUGCUGUUUAAACUUACAGAUUGUUGUAUUGAGCCUGUGUGUAUGACAUUGAAAUAAGACUUUUUAAAAAUAAAAAUGGUUUUAUGGUCUUUUCAUUAUUUUAAAGAGAAAAA